UCAGACUUUGAGUAAACAAGUCGUGUCUUGUAAUUCCUUUGUUCGGUUAGGGUAAGGAUUUUUUUAGUGUUUAGUCGUGGCGUUGAGACGCCCCCUUUAAUAUGGGUCGUUUAGCGCGUGCGCGAACAUUUUGACAUAGGUUAGCACAGCACCUCAGCCUCUUUCAGUGUAGCAGUAGUGUUACUGAACACGCCCGUAUCUCAGCGCUCCAGUGCAUUAUACUCACAUACCUACAACUAAUUCAUCACACGAUUUUUUUCUUAGCGCAAGCUGGGCGGGCGUGGCAACGCCUGCUGUACCGCGACGAACAAACGCACAAACAUAUUCACCGCGGUGAACAACUUCUUCGCUGAUUCGCCACUGGUGAAUCAGCUCAAAGGUAUCAUGACUAGACAAACAAACAGCAGUGGAGGAGAGCCGGGCCCUCCAGAUGAAUCCCGCUCCAGCAACAGAGACCCGCCGACACUGGCACUCAGCCCUUCAGACAGUCAGCAGCUCCCCGAGCAGGCGUCUCCGAGCAAACCGCCACGUCAGGUGACGUUCCUAAAACCGGCCGCCGACACCACCCUCGACAGGAAGGCGUCCAUCGUCGACGAGACCUCUGGCAUCACCAGGACCCAAAUGAAAGAAUUCCGUGAGGCAUUCCGUCUAUUUGACAAGGACGGUGAUGGCACCAUCACGAAGGAGGAGCUCGGCAGAGUCAUGCGCAGCCUGGGCCAAUUCGCUAGGGUCGAAGAACUACAGGACAUGCUGCAGGAGGUCGACAGUGACGGCGACGGCAACGUCAGCUUCGAGGAGUUCGUGAGCAUCCUCUCCAAGUCCAUGAGUGGUCCUGCAGGGAACACCAGCUCCGCUGAGCAGGAGGAGAGGGAACUACGAGACGCGUUCAGAGUGUUCGACAAACACAACCGAGGUUAUAUAUGCGCAUCAGACCUGAGGGCUGUCCUUCAGUGCUUGGGAGAGGACUUGUCUGAGGAAGAGAUCGAGGACAUGAUCAAAGAGGUCGACGCAGAUGGCGAUGGCCGCAUUGAUUUCCUUGAAUUCGUCCGCGCCCUGGGUGAACCUGAGGAUGCGUGUGACGAUGAAGACGAGGACGACACGACUGAAGGACCAGACCUCGUGCUACCACGACCUGUAGCUGCCAACUAAACUGCCGAUAUAGUUACGUAGCCAGGAUUAGGACAAAAUGGGACUAGUACUACUACUGGUAAAAAGAACUGCAAAGGAAUUGUAGUAUCAAAAAUGAUAAAGCUGCAAUAGAAUGAGAAGCUAUUUGAUAAAAGAUGAAAGCGAAAAUGAAACAAUCAAAAUUUCAUAGCAAUGUAUAAAAUUUUGUGUGGUACUCAACAACUAUUUAAUGAAUUACCUACCACUUCAAAUUGCAAACGGGGUAUUGAGGUUUAUGCCUAAAAAUACCUACAUAGGUAGUUAUUUACCUACAUACAAAGAAUAAGAAAUAGUGUAUAGUUGUCCAAGCUCAAAGAUAAACAAGGUCAAGAAAAUCGACUCCUGGCUACGUAAAAUAUCGACCGCUUAACGCUAACGCUGGCUUUAAUUAUUUAUUACGUUGUUAAUACUAAAACACAACAAAUUUUAAGGAGUUUGUACGCGCCUAAAACAAACUUCGAAUCAAUAUUAAAAGUUUUCUGACGAAUUACAAGACAAAUAUAGCUCAAAACUGUUGAGAAAAUGCAGCCUUGUCAGCGGGGCCCGCCCGCUAAAUUAAUUGGGGCCCACUGUCAAAAUUACGCGCUAUGCUCUGAUGAGAAUCUCAAAUAAUAUUAAACUAUUUGUCCAAAUUCCAAUAAGUUGUAGAAUUUUGAUAGACAUAGCAAGCAAGAACUAGAUUCAAAAAUAUAUUUUUUAUUAUUAUUUUUCACGACUACAAUACCUACGUAUUAAAUGGGUAAAAACAAAACAAUUCAUUGAAAUAAUGUACUUAUAUUAUAAAUUGCUUGUUCUUAAACAGGAAUUCUUUAAUGAUAGAUAUUAAUUUUUAAAUAAUGAAACAUGAUUAAUUGUUGGCUUGGGCUGUAAAUAGCUUGCAGAAAAGUAUAACGUUUUUCUUUAUAAAUCAACUUAAAAGUAUUUCAAAAAUUAUCACGUCUACAUUUUUAAUAUAAAACCCCAUGUAUUGUAGAAACUAUAAAAAUAUUUAUUAACAAUAACAACGAAUGCUUCCUAAAAUCAAAUAUUUCAGCUGUUACCAUAAUGAAGCUAAAUUGAUCAUAGUACCCAUAAGGAAUCCACUUAGUCUUCAUUCAUAGUAAAUAAUAAUUAUUGUGUAACUCCUAAUAAAGUACUUACUUGACACAUUUGUAAAUUUUGUGGACAUAUUUUACAAGCAUGUAAGUACAUGUAGGUACCUACAUGUAGAAUAUUUUCAUAAAAUAACACAGUAUAAUAUGUCUAUGAUGGUACGAGAUUAAUCAUCUACAAACCACUACUGGAAAGCUAGUGUUGUAUUUUAUUCAAAGACCUAACAAUAAACUGGCUAAUGUUUAAUGUACACACGGCUACACAUCGAGCUUUACAUAACCAGUAUAAACUGAACGUUAAAUGUGCGGAAAGAUGAUGCGACGCGACACCAGGAUAAACUGGUUUUGUAUAGAUUGAUCUGUGGCCGUGUGUACACAAUCACCAACUGUUCAAUAAACGCCGUUUCUAACAGAAAGAAACGGAAGGCCUAUCGAAGCCGUCGUCCAUGCGGCAGAAAAUAAAAUUGAGUGAUUUUCCAUUGAAACACCAAUUUUUUAUUAAUAAAAAGAAAUCAUAAUAAAUUGUAAAUAUUUUGUCCUUUUUACUCUUUCAAAUUACUGUAUUGACGAGUGAGAUAGUUGCAACGUAAAUCUUACCUUGCUUGUGACUAUUUUAAGAAUAUAAUUACUAUUUACAUUUCGUAUAUUUACUGGCUUAAUGUUUUUGCCUCUCAUUAGAAAUAUUAAGAAUGAAAUAAAAUACAUUGCUGGGUAGAUAGUAGCAAAUACUUCUUUUACCUACCUGAAAAGAUAUGCCUUUAGCGGCCCACUGAUUGAUAUAGGGGCCCCACUGAGUUCAAAACAGGGGCCCGACCGUUAAAUAAUUUAAAUACUUAAAACACUUAGUGCCAAAUAUCAGAUAAAGAAAAAAAUAACAGUAUUUUUGGUUUCUAACUAACUAAACUAUGUGCUAAAUUUACCCAGCACUGUAAAUACUAGAAUUAUUUUUUAAAUAUCUCCUUCACAAGAUUUUACCUAUCAAUAAUUAAUAACUUAUAUUAUCAACUAUUUAUACCUCAAAGUUUUCAACAUAUCCUAACAAGAAUUUACAUAUAAUCAGAGCUUUUAUUUGUCUAAUAAAAUGCAUGAAUAGAUAUUAAAAUUAAUGAUAUUUCGCAAAUAUUGAUGUUGUACAUGAAUAAUACAGAACCAAUAUACAAAUUAAAUGUUCUAGAAACAA